GUUUUUACAUGCGUGCGUAGAAAGCAAAAAGCAAAAAGCGUAGCAGCCCGGUCAAUUUUUGAGGCGGUAUUUCCCCCAAUUCGGCUGCGAGACAUACAUACAUACAUGACCUGACAGCGGCUGCUGCUGUGUGUGUGCGUGUGUCUAUGUGUGUGUGUGAGCUGGCGAUGCAAAAGGUCUCUGCCCGCGCACCCGCAUCCGAGAAGGAAUUCUCCUGCAGCUUUUUCACCAUUCCUUCGAACUUGACCCCGGAUUUUUUUCACCUGCUUCCUUCGCUUCCCUGGAAACUCGAACCCUUACUUUACUUUAUUCUCGGGCGGCGCCUUUCUACCCAAGCCCCCCCUUCAUAAUGUUCAAUCCUUCCUCCUGACUGAAAUGUUCAAACCGCCCCGAUGAAGGGCUCGUGUGCGCCUUUAGUGUCGCCGCUUCUACUUGCGGCGUUGUGGCUUCUGGGAGGAAGGGAAGGCUUGGUGGAUGGGCGUGGGAUCGCUAGACGAGAUGCGGAUGGAGAUUUUCCUGGUCUUGACGGUUUCGUCCGGCACAGGUAUCCUACAGUCGUGGCGUUUAGCUAUUACCUCUACAUAGACGGUGGCGAGCUGUCCCAGCAGGUCAACGGGACGGGGUCGAAUGGCACCCAAUCGGGUCAAACAUACCCUUCAUACGCCGCCAACUCGACAUUUUCCCUGAACCUGAACGAGUCAUGGACGAACGAGACAGUAACAUUCCGCUCGAUCACCAAGACGGCACCCCUUAUCGACCAGCAGAUCUAUUGGUCCGACCCGACCAACGGUGCCGGCGCUCUGUACACCUGGGGCGGGAUGGCCGUGGGGUCGGACCCACCGCCCGAGAAUCAGUUAUGGUUAUUCAACACGGACGGCACGGGGGGCGGGACCUGGUCGGAAGUCACGCAGGGCGAUUUCCGCGACUUCUCCAAGUUAUCGCAGCCGGUGGGCGCGGCCUUCACGCAGGCCAACCACGUGGGGUACGCGCUCGGCGGCCAAGUCACCUCGCGGACCGACGCCGCGGUCCAAAAGGAGGAUCCGGGUUAUGCGUUGACGGGGCUUAUAUCGUACAACUUCGAAACCGGGCUGUGGGCCAAUAGCUCGACCGUCUCGAACUACGGGGGAUACGGCACGAAUAUAAACGGCCUUGCCCAAUUCGUUCCUUUCGGACCUAACGGGUUGUUGCUUUUCUUCGGCGGCGCCGAGACGCCGGUGGAUGCGACGAAUGAUAGCGUUGUGCAGGUCCUUUGGAAUACCGUCACUCUGCACGAUCCGGUCACGGGCAUGUGGUAUAGACAGGCGACGAGUGGGACGCGGCCGCCGACGAUUGAGCGCGCGUGUAGUGUUGGGGUUCAGGGACCGAAUAAUACGUAUGAAAUAUUCAUAUAUGGCGGCUCAUCAGACCAAACGGAGAGCACGUCUGCGGAUGUGCAUAUAUUAUCGCUUCCGGGAUUCGUCUUCUUUGAUGCGCACUCUCCCGGCACGCCGCGUGCCGACCAUGCUUGCGCAGUAGUUGGCGGAGGGAAAAGGCAGAUGUUGAGUUACGGAGGUGUGGAUGGCGGACCUGGACUGCGAAAUCCCACGAUGACGCCCGAUCCAUGGAAGCAGGGACUUGGAAUAUACGACAUGAAAGAGUUGAAAUGGACAGAUUCAUACGACCCAAAUACGGCGGAAUACGAAAGCCCGAAAGAAGUAGCGGAUUGGUACGCACAAGGAGGAAUGAACACGGUGACCUGGUGUAAUAAUUUGGAAGAGUUAUUCGUCAACGGUAGCUCGGGCACAUAUGGUACGACCGGAAACUCGACCUCAACGGAACCGGACAGUUCGAGGUUUAAAAAGACUGGCGUUAUCGUUGGUUGCACGGUGGGAGGAGUGGUGUUCCUUAGCGUUACGAGCACCCUCGUAUUCUUGAUACUAAGGUGGCGACGGCGCCGCCGCGAAAGCACGAUGGUGGCUAGCACUUUUAACGAGUAUAGACCAGAGCCAUGGCCGAAAGAUUCGCCGCGGAUGAGGUCAGUCACGCCGGGGACGAUGGUGUCAUCGCCAACGCCGGUUGAACCGAUAGAGAUCAGUGGCACAGUAAGGGGCGAAUUACCCGCCGAAGACGUGGAGUGGACAUACGAACUCCCGGUUCCUACACCGCGACUGAGACCUGAGCUUCCGGAUCGGAAGUAUUCACAUUAAUGUAAUUAUAUCAUGUAAAACGAAUUAAGCCUUAAUACGUAUUGUCAGUUCGGAAAGCUGACUGGUGAAUUUGCGAGAAGUGAAGCCUACCAAGCAACUCAGGGCUAUGGGCUCAUGCUCAUUCUCUCCCAAUCCAAAUUUGACACACGUUCUCAUCCAACCUUCUUGAGUAGGCUGUCUCUCAUAGCUCUUCUGAGUAAUAGCCGG